CACCCUCCUAUGGGUUAGAUACAGCCUUUUCUUGCUCUCCGUUAGGGUGUGCGGCGGAUGGAAAAUCUAAAGGGAAGGCAAUUUUGAUAGAAUCGUCAGAGUCCCCAAGGGUCUAUGUUCGAAGGAAUAUUGGAAUCUGUAUUCAGGAACCAGAAGAAGGAGUGGUCAAUUCCAUACCAAAGAGUCCAGGAGAGGACACCAGCAAAGGAAAAAGGGUGGAGGUAGCCAGCCCCAACUGGCCCCAACAAUCGAAAUGAAUGUUUUUGCGUGGAAUUGUCAAGGGAUAGGGAGUACCUUGACAUUCCAAACGCUAAAAGCUCACCGAAAUUUGUCUAAGUCUUUCUUAUUUCUUUGUGAAACAAUGUCUCCGAGAGACAAAGUGGAGUCUUUCAUGUCUCGUUUAGGAUUUUCAGAUUGCUUUCCUGUGAACCCUACCGGCCUGUCGGGGGGUCUAGUGUUUGGUUGGCCACGUGGGGCAUCAGUCUCGGUUAUUGGUUCAACCUCUUUUUUCAUUGCCAUUUCGGUCAUAAAUAAUAACUCCCUUUGC